GAGAACGAGCCACAGAGGAGAAGGGUAUUGGUUGAAAGAGCAGCCAAUGAGAGAGCCUGUUACUAGUCUGUGGGCUGCGGUAUUGUGGGAGAGCUUUAGGCCUUGAAGCCCUUGGUCUCUUGGAGAUUUCAGCGGGAUGAGUUCAAUCGGGACUGGGUAUGACCUGUCAGCCUCUACAUUCUCUCCUGAUGGAAGAGUUUUUCAAGUUGAAUAUGCUAUGAAGGCUGUGGAAAAUAGUAGUACAGCUAUUGGAAUCAGAUGUAAAGAUGGCGUUGUCUUUGGGGUAGAAAAGUUAGUCCUUUCUAAACUUUAUGAAGAAGGUUCCAACAAACGACUUUUUAAUGUUGAUCGGCAUGUUGGAAUGGCAGUAGCGGGUUUGUUGGCAGAUGCUCGUUCGUUAGCAGACAUUGCAAGAGAAGAAGCUUCCAACUUUAGAUCUAAUUUUGGCUAUAACAUUCCAUUAAAACAUCUUGCAGACAGAGUGGCCAUGUAUGUACAUGCGUAUACACUCUACAGUGCUGUUCGACCUUUUGGCUGCAGUUUCAUGUUAGGGUCUUACAGUGUGAAUGAUGGUGCACAGCUCUACAUGAUUGACCCAUCAGGAGUUUCAUAUGGUUAUUGGGGUUGUGCCAUUGGCAAAGCCAGGCAAGCUGCAAAGACAGAAAUAGAAAAACUUCAGAUGAAAGAAAUGACCUGCCGUGAUGUUGUUAAAGAAGUUGCAAAAAUAAUUUACAUAGUACAUGAUGAAGUUAAGGAUAAAGCUUUUGAACUAGAGCUCAGCUGGGUUGGUGAAAUAACUAAAGGAAGACAUGAAAUUGUUCCCAAAGAUAUAAAGGAAGAGGCAGAGAAAUAUGCAAAGGAAUCAUUGAAGGAAGAAGAUGAAUCAGAUGAUGAUAAUAUGUAACAUUUCAGCACCUAUUUUAAAUUUCUAAUACAGUCCCAUGUAAUAACUCUUUAGCCCUGUGGAUUAUCUACCAAUUUUCAUUAAAUUUUUGUCUUGUAACAAUUGAA